GUCCUUUUGUCACCGGAUUGAACGGAUUCAUAUAUUAUUCGUCGAUAUAUUCGUCGUUAGAUUCAUACGUGCAAAAGUUGUUACAACUUUUUGAGAUUAUGCCGAUAAAAAUGCACCGACAAUUUUCGAAGCUACCAUAGACCAAUAUGAAAUUUAAUGAAAGCAACUUCAACGCAACAUCACUGACCAUCCUCUGUAAUGACGUCACUGGAAAUAACAACAUUUCUCUCUCUCUGGCAAAAUCAUACCACACCGAACAAUUAGUCUGUCGAUACAAAAGAAAAUCAAUUCUAUCUGUAUGAGGCUGGCGAGCAAUACGGUGACCGGAAUAAAUCGCCACAGUAAACAACUGCAACAGAAACAACCGCUUAGAAAAAGUGUAGUAGGCUAGAAAUAUUUGGCGCGGGAAAAACAUCAUGUGCCUCACAUUUCUAUUAUAAAUUUAUUCUCUUGUUCUCGUUUUUCGAAAUUUAUUCUGAGGACAAUGUAAUGGGGACGAAGUCCCCAUUUGGCGAGGAUAAGGAAUCGAGGCGGCCCAUGCCGCCAAGAUGACGCAAUCCGAGUCCACCGCCGACCCGCCGUCGGAAGCGGCGGUGUCUCGCACGCAAACCUGGGAUCCACUGAUUGCCCGGUUAGUUUGAAACAUAGGAUACGAUCCUUUAGCAAUGUCCGACCGAGCUCUAGCGAGCGUCGGACGGUAUACGUCUGCCCGGGGCGUUACGUUUGCCUGGGGCGAUACGUUUGCCCGGUUAAUUCUUGUUUUGAAAUACAAUACCGCGCCACAAUAUUUAUAGCCUACUACACAUUUUAUAAGCGGUGGUUUCUGUUGCAGUCGUUUUCUGUGGCGAUUUAUUCCGGGAACCGAGCAAUACGGAGUUAGUAACUGCGUGUGAAAGACUUUGAAAAGUGUAAACGUGAACAAAGAACCGUUCAAUUUAGAAGCCAAAAUUCAACUGCACGCGUAGUCGAAAAGUGCAGUAUCGUCCUUAAGGAAACCAAAACCUGAUCAGGAAAAGUGAGACCAUUGCCAUCCCUCGUGCAAACGAAAUAAUAUUCCUAUCCAUCAGUGUAGAUUACGGGUAUUCUACCGCGUUGAAUCUGCACAUCUCCACGAGCAGAACGCGGAAAAAGGAAAGGCCCUCGAAAGAGGGCCUUUAUUUACAGGCUCGCUCUUGCUUAAGGCUAAGACGGCAGAAUCGCCAUUCCAUUCUUCCAAUCUCUCGUGCUAGCCAAUUGCUUCGAAUCAGCUCUCCCAGUCUCGGUGUUCGCUUGAGAUCGCCUGCCGUAGCAUUGUGGAACGAGACGACAAGCGUAUCGGUGCGAGUUGUGACACGGCUGAUUUGAGGGUGCGACAAGCUUCGGGAAACACACAGUGGUGCAACAGAAGUCGGUGCGACGUGCUACGGCUGCAACGCUGUGACGAUGAGCAGACGUGGUGCAACAAAGGCCAACGACCUGACGGAAACGUCGACGGAGCGGCUGCAGAAGGUUGAUGCAGUUGUAGCAGUAUCAUGGGGCCCCCAACGAUUCGCGCAGCGUGAAGAGAUUAUUGUAUGUAUGUUUGUAGGAAGGACAAGCUUUUGAGAUAGCAAUUAUAGAACCAUGAAAGAGUGACAAGUUUUCCGUUACAUUUUAGUUUAUAUUGAGUAUUGGACACUAUUACUUUUCGUGGCGUAUUGAGCUAGUCGGCCAAACCAGAAACUUGAGUUCGCACUAAAGGACCACUUUCUCUCAUGUGGUGUCAGUACUUGAUAUAAUGAUAUCAAAUGUUACAUUGGCGCCCAACAGAAAAACCCGCAUUCGCGUGUAUGAUUUAGCGCUACCAAGUGAGUGAUCAAUGAUUAUUUGAGAUAACCAGUCGAUAUUGAAAGGAAUCCAUUAUGGAUUUGAAGCACCUCACGCCAGAGGAAUUGGACUUUGAACUGAUGGUGAGAACAGUGAAAGGAUUGAGAGGACAGGAUCAUAAGGGAAAGAUGUCAAGGUUAUUUGAAUUGCUGAGCAAAGAAGAUACUGAAGGAACACCUGCACCUACAUCAUCAACACACGUUUUGCCAGAUGUUGACAGCAUAUAUCAAUGCCAAGCGAAGUUGCCUCCAAUUCUACAGGCUGUGGAAUCCGCUCUACGACAAAAGGAUGAGCUCCAAGCGAAAAUAUGUAGAUCCAGACUGAUGCACUAUAAAUUCAGGCUAUCCAUCAUAUCGGACCCAAUGAUAACUUCCAGCGCUAUGAAGACGCUGACCAAGAUUGACAGCACUCUGGAUAAACUCAAUGAGUUUCUAGCCAAUUUUGGUGAAGGUGAAAUUGCGGAAGAAAAAGAACUUAGAAAGAACCCCGACGAGAUACCGGGAGAUACGGACACGCAGCAGAGACUAAAGAUCACGCAGCUACAAUCAAGUUUGAAGGAAUCGUCUCAUCAUCAACAGCUGCUAGAGCAGGAGUCCCAACAACAACUAUAUCAGCAAGAAAUGCAGCAGCAGAAAGUACAGCCGAUGUCGGAAGAAGCGUAUGAACAGCGGCAGUAUCAACAAAUACAGGAACCACAAGCCGCAGCACAUUUACAUCAGCAACAGCUGCACAAUGAACAACAGUUCAAACUACAACAACAAAGACACGAACAACAACUGCAACAAGCACUGCAUCAGAUGCAGCAACAACAUCAGCGUUUAGAACAACAACUACAUCAAGAACAAGUUAGACGGCAGGGAAUCGAGCAACAGCUGCAGGACCAAUUAAACCAACGUAUUCCUGUAGCGGGGCUCCGAAGCAACAAUGCAAUCUGGGACCCACAUCAACAAAAUCAUCCUAGUUUCCUACAACAGGUCCCAGAAAUGGACAAUAUUCCACCUCAUUUGCGGGAUGACUUCCUACGGUUCCUAACAUCUCGAAAUAGGCCUAGUACACCGAGAACAUCAAUUCAACACUCAAUUGCAAACAGGUUCACACAACCAGUGCACAAAUGGCCAUUCGAAUACGCUGGUCAAUCGAACAUCAUCCAGUUGGGAGAGUUCCUGAAUCAAGUUAAUACCUAUGCAGAUACGGAAGGGAUGGAUGAGCAAACUCUGCUACGAUCCAUCAAGCAUUUGCUCAAGGGACGAGCGCUCCAGUGGUACACUCGAUCGUACCUCACUCUUACAACUUGGGAAAUAUUCAAGACGGAGAUCAAGCAAGAAUUCUUAUCCCCUAAUUAUUCCGAAAUCGUAAAGCAAGACCUAUACCUGCGCUUCCAAGGGCCAAACGAGUCAUUCACCAGCUUUUACCGUGACUUAGUAGCUGCUUUCGAGAUUGUUGAACCUGCGAUUUCGGAAUCUGAAAAACUGUUUAUUAUUAAGUCCCACUUGAACUCCGACUUCUCACCAAUUGCUGCGGCUUCAAGGGCGUGCAAAGUUCGCGAUUUGGUCGCUGUUUGCAAGGACUUCGAAGUUUCCAGAUCCUACUCAUCUCGAGGUCGUACUUCUACCACAUUUCGCACCGUGUGGACCAAACAUGAGUCCUCGGGUUUCCAUCGUCCCACAACCGGCAGGAUGGACACGGCAAAUCGGCCGAUGUUCAACAGACAGCCAUACAACACAGCUCAGGUCCACGCGAUGGAGUUGAACCAAGACAUCGAUGAAGAGUUGGACUCAGCAGACAUCCAGGAACGAGAAGCUUUCCAGCAGGACAUGGCGUUCAGGAACGAAGCGGCAGCUAAUACCGCCCAAGAGGUUAACGCUGUCCGAGGACUAAAUAACUGGAGAGAAGAAUCGUCAUCCAAUUCGAGAGAUCAUCUCGUCAGGGAAAGCAACAUAAAUAGAAAUAUGGCCCAAGAAAAUAACAUCAACAGAAAUCUCAUCCCGGUCAUACUAUGUUGGCAAUGUGACAACCCUGGUCAUACCUACCUAAAUUGUCCACACCCAAAACGUUUUCUGUUUUGCUACAGUUGUGGGAAAAAAGGCUGUACGACGCGCAAUUGCGAAACUUGUAUGCUGCGAUGGAGGCAACUGGAUUCUCGGAACAACUCCAAAAACUUGGGAAACCGGAACAGGGAGAACCCGCAGUAAGGGACGUGGAAUCUUCCAACAAACCCAAUAUCCCUUCAUUAAACGACAUCUCGACCUAUUGUAAAGUCAACUCCAUAAUAAUCGAUCCUGACAACAAAGACAACCGACCGUAUGCAGAUAUUUGCAUUCUUGGAAGGCGAU